UUGUCUCCUACUCCCCCUCUGGAGGGACGAGGAAGAGGCAGGGGGGAGGGAGAGAGGGUCCCGUGGAGGGAAUACGACGGUUGUGACUGGCCUCACCCCAGCACCGGGUAUGACGUGUCUGUCUUCACUGCCACUGAUGAACAGGGAACAGGCAGCUGACUUCCUCAGAGGAAAUGACUGCUCCUCGUCUGCAAACUUCUGAACCAUCAGGUAGUGGUAAUGCAGGAGCCAUCAUUGGUGGAAUCGUGGUAGCUCUGUUGGUGGCCAUCAUUGUAGUGGCCGUCAUCCUAGUGGUCCUCUGGAUAAAGAGGUCAGCAGUCACUGAAAGUGGUGUUAUUCACACCUCAACCAACACGGCAUAUGGGAAGGUGGAACGAGAGCAGGGAAAUGAACUGGUGGACUUCUCUCACGGAGAACCUCCACCUCCUCCAGCUGAACUGGAGGAGAUGUAUGAGGUUCCCUCAUUCUCUGCCUCGGCCCCCAGCCAGCCCCUCCCUCCCCCUCUUCCAGCUGAACUGGAGGGGAUGUAUGAGGUUCCCUCAUUCUCUGCCUCGGCCUCCAGCCAGACCCUCUCUCCCAUCCCUCCCUCUCCUCCAGCUGAACUGGAGGAGAUGUAUGAGGUUCCCUCAUUCUCUGCCUCGGUCCCCAGCCAGCCCCUCUCUCCCAUCCCUCCCCCUCCCAUCCCUGAAACAGAGCCAUUCCUGGAGACCAGUGACUCUUUCUGAUCACUAUUGGAAAGUGGCGUCGAAAAGUAUAUAUGCGUGCUGAAUUUGGUCUUACAUUUACUUGUUAGAGAUAGUCUUUAGAUAGUAGUAUAAUUAUAGAUUAGAUUUAGAUAACUACCUCUGAGGUUGUUUAGAUACAUUCACAGAUGUGUGCUUGUCAAUUUGCUGUUUUGCACUUGAUCAUUAUAAUCACCA